GUUUACACCUGUGUUCGACAUUUUGUGUGAUUGUUCCGCUAUUCGGUACUGUUAGUUGGUUGUUACAAUAACUGCAUUGCGGAUACCGACGGCUCUUGUUUUGUUUACACGUCCGAUCGUGAUUACUGUACUAACAUUGCUUGUGCAAGACUAAUUACAUGUGUGUUUCUGCUUGGUGCUCAAGAGCGUACCCCCGGGCUAUCUGUUUAUGACAUUAAUGUUUUAGGUUGGAAUCCCCAGUGCUCGCCGAGGUUGCCUGCAGGUUCACUCAAGCUCAACCAGCUCUUUGGCACUGCUGCUACAUUGUGAGGUGUCCUGCCGAUGGUUUCGCAGUCUUCGCCCGAGCAGCAGUAGGAUUGCAGCCGGCGUUCCCGCGGGCAUGAGGGCAUGAACCCGGCGGGCGGCGACUCCCGGUGCGCCUCCCCCAGCGACGGCGGCCGCGGCGCGCAGGACAAGGACAAGGCCACGCUCAAGGUGCACCUGCCCAACGGCUGCUUCAACCUCGUCAAGUAUGGCGACGCCAUCGACGUCAAGGGCAUCAUAUCCCUGGUUACCAGCCGGCUUGCUAGUGGUGAAAGAGCAUGCCAGAGCAUGUAUGCCAUGCGUCUUGUCCACCCACCAUCAGGGGAGGUGUUCUGGUUACACCAGGACACCACAAUGUACCAAGUUCAAGAAAAGUAUGAGUACCAGCACCCACAUUCAGAAUGGCGGUAUGAGCUGCGGGUGCGCUACCUUCCGGACAAUCUGAAUGAGUUGUACGAGAAGGAUCGUGUUACCUUUGCAUUUUAUUAUGAUCAGGUUCGCCUGGACUAUUUGACUGCUGAUCAUCCAUCUCUAGACUACGAUGUUGCUGUACAACUAUGUUGCUUGGAAAUAAGGAAUUUCUACAAAGAGAUGCCUCAUGUUGCCCUUGAUAAGAAGUCCAAUCUUGAGUACCUGGAACGUGAGGUGGGAAUGCACAAAUUUUUGCCCCGUGCUGUGCUCGACAGCUUGAAGCCAAAGCAGCUGCGGAAAAUGAUCCAGCAGCAUUUCAAGAAAUUUGCGUCUCUGUCUGAGGUGGAAUGCAUGUUUAAAUUCUUGGAACUGCUCAGAGCACAUUACCGAUUCGACCAAGAACGCUUCCGCUGCUCUCUUGGACAAUCGAGCAUUUCCAUCCCAGUGGAACUGGUGAUAGGACCGGAGCUGGGAAUAUCGUACAUGUCGGGUCGAGCGACAACACCGACUAAGAUUUCAGAGUUCAACAGAGUCCGUGGACUGCAGACACUUGUCUCAGACUGUGAUGCUCACCCCAAGGCUGUUGUUAAGAUGUGGCUGGCAGGCUCAUCUGAAACGCUAUCGCUGACUUGUGCAUCCCUGAGGGAGGCGGAGAGCCUAGCUGACCUUGUGGAUGGCUACUGCCGACUUGUCACUGGCUCUCAAGAGUCUCUGUGGGACCGAAAAGCUGCCGUGUGGAAACGCUUUCCCUGCCCUUGUGCUGUCAAAGAUGCUCACCCUCCCAAGUACCCUGACAGUGGAGGUGGAGACAAAGUGCCACCAAGAGGAACCAUGCUUUCUGAAGACUAUGCAGAAAUUGUGGAUGAGGAAGGGGACUAUUCUACACCUGCCACAAAGGAUUAUGAACUGGACCGUAGCCGUGUUGAGCUGGGUGAAACAAUUGGUGAGGGCCAGUUCGGGGACGUUCACAAAGGCACAUUCAGAGCUGCCGAUGGAACACCGGUACCUGUUGCAGUAAAAACCUGCAAAGCUGAUGCCGAUCUUGCCACUGCUGAGAAGUUUCUGGAGGAAGCAUACAUAAUGCAGCAGUUUGAUCAUCCCCACAUCAUCAAGUUAAUUGGAGUCUGCUCAGAGAGCCCCAUCUGGAUUGUAAUGGAACUGGCGAGGUUAGGGGAGAUGAGGGCAUAUCUCCAGAGCAACCGUCAUAUACUCACCUUAGCUACACUGCUGCAGUAUACGUAUCAACUUAGUACUGCACUGUCAUACCUGGAAAGUAAGAAGUUUGUGCACAGGGACAUAGCAGCACGCAACGUUCUUGUAUCAUCCCAUAACUGUGUGAAAUUGGCGGACUUUGGUCUUAGUCGGUGGGUAGAAGAUCAGAGUUAUUAUAAGGCAUCCAAGGGAAAGCUGCCCAUUAAAUGGAUGUCGCCAGAGUCGAUCAACUUUCGGCGGUUCACCACUGCGUCAGAUGUCUGGAUGUUUGGUGUGUGCAUGUGGGAGAUACUCAUGUUAGGUGUGAAGCCAUUUCAAGGAGUGAAGAAUAAUGAUGUCAUUGGGAAAAUUGAAAAUGGCGAAAGACUGGCUCUUCCACCCAACUGCCCUCCACGACUGUACAGUCUUAUGUCGCAGUGCUGGGCUUAUGAACCAUCAAAAAGGCCAAGUUUCAAGGAAAUAAGAGAAGUUUUGCAUGAGAUCCUGUUGGAGGAACGAAAUCAGCAGCAGGAAACAAUGAGGAGAGAAAACCGCCGGGUGCAAGCAAUGUCAUGGGGCUCAUCUGGAUCUGAUGACCCUCCACCUCCAAAGCCAGCUCGAUUUCCCGUCCCGGGUGCUGCGAAUCCCGCAUCGGCAAAUGCUGCUGCCGGGCCGACUACGUACAUAGUGGCGCAGAACCCGGAGGUGCUGGUGCAAUUGUUGCGCGAGAAUGAAACCCGUGGGCUGUCGCCGGCGCAGUACAACACGCCGGCCUCGGUCUUCAACACACUAGCGGUAGACUUUGAGCCCGCUGCGAACUGCGGGGCUGGCCCCUCGGGCGUGCCCGAUAAUCCUGCUGAUCAGUCAGUGCCGGCACCAGCGCCGGCAGAGCCGCCCUCCCCCAGCUCUGAACAGCAACAGCAGCAGCUCUACGGAGACACUGCUGUGAUAUCGGCAGAUGGCCAGGAUUCGGCCAUCAGUGACGGUGACGGCUCACUGGAACUGGAGCGCAGGAUGCUGGAAGCACGGCUCAGGCAGCAGCAGCAGCAGUCAGAGGAGGACAGCCGCUGGUUGCAGGAGGAGGAGACAAACCUGAAAAAGCGGCUCCCUUCAACAGCUUCAGUCAGUGUGUCGUCAGAGCCGGACGAGUGCCCAGAUGGUCCAGCCACAGCUGCUGGGACACCUGAGAGGUCGAACACACCCUGUGGCAGUGGGGGCAGUACGAAGACGGGAUCGCUGCACGCAGAGGAGCCUCAGAGGGUCAUUGUUGUCAAGAAAAUGGAACCUACCCCAACUGCUGACCUCGACCGUACCAAUGACCGCGUGUACGACUGCACGACCAGCGUAGUGAGGGCCAUCAUGCUGCUGUCACAAGGUGUGCAGAACAGCCGGGCCGACCAGUACCUUGAGCUGGUGAAGAAGGUGGGCAUCGAGCUGAGGGCGCUCCUGGCCAGUGUGGAUGUGCUCGUGCCACAUUUCCCCGUCUCUGCUCAUCGUGAGGUCGAGAUGGCGCAUAAGGUAUUGAGCAAGGACAUGGGUGAGCUGGUGAGUGCGAUGCGGCUGGCACAGAACUACAGUGCUACUACGCUCGAUGCCGAGUACCGUAGGGGUAUGCUGUCAGCAGCUCACGUGCUGGCAAUGGACGCCAAGAACCUGCUCGACGUCAUCGAUGCCGUGCGCCUGCGGCAUCCGGACGUCGAUGCCCUGAUGCGUGGUGCACCGCCCGACACGGGAGCUGCCUCUGCCGCAGCCCCCGCACCUGCCCCCACGCCCGCCACCAGCUAGCGCGAGCAGGCCACGACCACCUGUGCUGCGAGUCCACCUCCGUGGUGUCGCUCCUUCUGGAGAUGUGGGCUUUUCUUCUCAACAUUCCUUAAAUUUAGUUUUUUAAGUCUUUAUUCUUGCUUGUAUUCAGUUUGCGUUGAAACAGUAUAAGACUCAGAUGUGUGCUCAUAUGAGUGGAGGAAAACGAGAGAAAACAGUUUUUAAUGAUAGUCUGGCUUUCCUCUGAAUCAUCCUUUAAUUCUAGAUUAGAUCAUCCUCAAACAUUUGCUUUCCAGAGGUUAAAAGGAAGACUGCUAUCUUUUGUAUGGUAUAUAAACCAGGAAAUACUCCACUGCCAACAGUAAUCUGAUUUUUACAUUUUUUUUUACUUUAAAAUAUCUUAAGUACCAAGGACAUUAAUUUAUAAGUUUGAUUAAGAAACUGUGCACUGUUUUUAUCAAUAUUCACAACACUUCUGCCAGUGUAAAUCUCAUUCUUUGGUGCUCUAUUUUUAUAGAUAAAAUAAUUUGACAGAACAGAAUGGUACCGUUAAGUAAAAAUAAAGGAAAUUGUGAAGUUUCCUCAUGUGUGUUAUUGUCAUCAUCAUCAUCAUCAUCAUCAUCAUCAUCAUCAUCAUCAAUGACAGCAUUGUGAAUAUUUGUUUUUCACUUCAUUCUGCAAUUAGAAAGGAGUUUCAGUUUCACUUAAGUUUUCACUUAACAAAUUUGACAGUAAACACUAUGUUUCUUCAUGUUGUAUGUAUUUUGGACGUAAUGAUGAGGAGUAAAUGGAAUUUUUGAAAAACAUACUUAUUUUACACAUGUAUGUAUCAAACAUACUGAAGCAUACAGUGACAGUGUAGCCUCUUAUAAAUUAUCGUGAUUAGCCAGUUGAGAAUGUUACAAAUGAAAGACUACUUUAAUAAGAUUAUUUAUAUUCUUGUAUGUGGCAUCGCUAAGUGCUUUUGUGUAUUGUACACAUAUAAGAAUAUUUGUACUCUGCCUUUAUACACAGCAAGCAUAAAUAUUAUUAUCAAGGAAAUGUUGCUGCAAUAUAAAGUUUUAUGUACAGUCUUUAUUUAAUUGAUUUGCUCAAGCUAUAUAUCUGGUGUGUACAGAAUACUGUUGUUAAGGCAGUGGAGUGUGACUGUAGCACUUUUGAAUUCCGUGUGUGCUUUAGUUCUGAACUAUGCAACACUUCAGACUCUGGCUAAACUUCUGCUGUCAUCUUCGCCUUUAGUAGGCUAGUGGAAAUUCAGAUGUUAUUGAAAGUAGUGUGUUUGCAACAGUAUUCCUAUUCAUAUUCAUGUGUUAAGGGCAAUACAUAAAAUACAAAUGACCAGAUGUAGAAAAUUAGUUUUCAGCAAAGCCGUGAGAUAGAAAAGUGUUGCGUUUUUCAGUUACUCAGCUAAAUUAUUGUAGCUUGUUUUCAUGGAUCCUUUGUUGAAGUGUAACCAUAAAGAUGUGUAUUUGUAUGUUUGGAUUUUUAUAAUGAUUUUUUUUGUUCUUGUUCUUUAGCUGCCUGCUGCCUUAUUGUGCAUGCAGUGAACUGAUGAUACUACUUCAGACCUUAAGAGCCAGACUGUUGAACCUCAUUUGCUGUAGCCAAAAUUUUAUAUGCCUCAGUAAAUUUUGUUCCUCCUAUUCACAGUGAUAAAAGAAACUUGUAUAUUAUCUGUUUAGCAGUACUCAGUUGCUGAACUCAUCCACUUAACUAGUCACAGUGUUGAAUGAGAGUGUGCCUGAUAUCAGUGUGACAAGCACAGAAUUGUGCUUUCCUGUGAGAUAUAACUCAUAAUUUAUACCUGUCAUAGGUAACUAUGCUUGCCUUAUGAGCAAUGUCAUUAUCAUUGUUGUUAUUGUCAUAUUAUUAUUUCUGUUUUAUUACUACUGUAUUAAGAGUGCAUUUGUCAUCUUCAGAGUUUUAAAAAGAAAUUAAACCAGUUUGUCUUUUGCA